ACACUUCAAGGGCGACAGCGACAAUCCUGCCGCGAUCCACGCCUUAUCGGAGGCUUUCAGAAAAAAGGGCAAGCCUGCCCUUGACAACCGAGUCAUCCUUAAUGCGAAACUUGAUCACAUCUGAAUUAUCACCCAACUUGCCCAAGAUGGGGCAGUCUAUGCCACACUCCGUGGCCAGCUCCGACAUAGGCAGCUCCAACUAUGGGGAAGUGGGUCUCGUGCCGCCUGGCCUGCGGCUGGAGGACUACGAGGUGCAGAAUGUGGUCUUCGUUGAGAAGGCCGUGUUCGCGUGCCCUCUGCCGGGCAAGGCCUGGAUUGAGCUGGGGAGGUGGAACCCCGUGUCGCUGCUGUUCCUGGUGCCCGCCUGGUCGUACCACGUGUCUGGCCCGGCGGAUCACUGGUGGUUCGUUGCGAGGAGUGCAAACAACAUGUACUUCUACGCAGCGCAGUUCUGUAUGGAUGAGAGCGGCAAGAAUCACGUGUCAGGCUGUGUGUACCUGGGCCUCUGCGCGGCGGUCGCCAGUGGGCUCCAAUACCCUGAGGCGCAGUGGUGGUUUGCCAGGGAGUGGGCGCCCUGCCGGAAGCCUCGUUCCAAGAAGGAGCUGGACAGGUUGUUGCUCAACAACCCGUCGGCCAUGUUGCCAUAUUCCUGGAUGGACAACAACUGCCAGCAUUUCGCCGUGAACCUGUACGAGGGGGAUCCGGGCCACAUUGCCUGACUUCCAUGAGCUCACCAUUUUUUUGAGCCAUGCACAAUUCGUGCAAGCAACUCCGGAACAGCCAGAUGGUCGCGUACUU